AAAGAAUUAAAAAAAAACUUUUUUUUAAUCGAUACAAUUCAAAGUUCAGUGCAUAAGGGGUGCCGGCUGAGUCAACAGGAGCGAAGCCAGGCAACAAAAUGGAAUACUGCAAGAGAAAUACUUGGGUUUAAGAUAAUUGAAGCAUAUUUAUGGAUAUGGAAGCAACAAUCAACAUAAAUCGCUUAGCUUCUUCUAGAUUCUAUCAACAGUAUCUCCCUCCUCCGAUACGCCUAUCCAGCGACUAUCUCCAUGACUUUGUUCCUCAGCAACAUCCUACUUUUCUUCAACAAUACUUCGACUACUACCAUGAGCCUGUGGUUCCUCUAGACUUAUCCCUCAAAUCGACGAUACCUAUAACACCGCCAUGCACGCCUCCUCCAUCACAAAAACGAAAACCUACCGAAGAGAACAAAACUGUCAAAGCUAAAAUAUUCCGACAUUUCGAGGAUCCCGAUGACGAAGAGAAAACUAACGAUGACACCAAAAAAAGAAAAUCAGACGAAGAAAACUCAAAUGACAGCGAUAGUCCGGAAGCGAAGAAACUAAAAUUCACGAAACAAUUCUUUGACGAACUUCGCACUUGCAUUCCCAACGAGUCGGAGAACAAAAGCGAAAGAAGCUCACCAGAUAUAGUCGAAAUAAAAGAUGUCGAGGAGAGACCGAAGAAAGUAAAUAAACCUCAGCAUCCUUUGAAAAAAAGUAAAGCUGUCCGAAAACUGAAUUUCGACGAAGACAAGACGUCGCCAGUUUCGGGUACCAUCAUUCGAGAUUUGGCUGAAGACGAAACCCUCGUCGUACGUAAAGGGGACAUAGAUCCAGCAUUCAACGUGGUAGAAGUGACGGAGGAGGCGAAAGCGUUGAUAGCUUCUAUAGAGAACCGGCUCGGGCGCUACAUCUGCCGGCUGUGUCGGCGGCUGUACGGCGAUGCCUUCGCGCUUGCCCAGCACCGCUGCUCCAGGAUAGUGCAUAUCGAGUACAGAUGCCCGGAAUGUGAUAAGGUAUUCAACUGUCCCGCGAACCUGGCGUCGCACCGUCGCUGGCAUAAGCCCCGGGUGCCUGGGGCUACCAAGCGCCGGGAGCCGCCAGCUGCCGACGCCAGCAGGUUCCCGUGCCAGCGCUGCGGCAAGGUGUUCCGCCGGCAGGCCUACUUGCGCAAGCACUUACUGGCACACGAUCAACCGGAGGAGGAGAAGGAACCCUCAGCCUUCAGACAGGUCCACGUGGAAUACCCCACUUACCAGGCGGACACGGUGCGUGACAACAACUUCAACAACUACUGGAGCAAGCCGCAGGAGGUAGGUUGGAGCGACGUCCGCGAGCGGUGCCCCUCGAACUACUCCUCGGAGGACUCCCGAAGCCUGGACGUCACGGGGUCCGAGGAUGAGGGCGGGGGGUCCACGGACCGCGACGGGUGA